AUGGGCUACAGAAGUCUUAUUCGACAAGUAAGCGGCAAGACCGCUACAUUCUGUAGUCAUUGCAGUCUCCAUGGGUUCUACUACUUGGCGGGCAGCGCACCUCGUCUGGUGAGGGCUCUGUGGUGCAUCGUCAUCUUAGCAGGUUUCACCCUUUGUACCAUUCUCAGCAUCUUAAUAUGGGAAAAGUUUGAUAAAAAUCCGACAUUUACUGUAGUGGAAUCGGCGCAUUUUCCAACAGAGGACAUACCGUUUGCAGCUGUGGCCGUCUGCGACCAGCAAGUGUAUGGUCCUGCCACAACCAAAACAACAAAUAUUCUGACACUGCGAGGGUUUAACGCGAGUCAACUAACGAAAUUCUACGAGAGCUUCGUUAAGAUAAAGAGUAAACACUUCACGUCGGAUUCGGAAGUGGCACGUAUGCACAGUGUUUUAGAAGAAUUACACUUUAGCUACUACGACCUUCUGUACGAGCUAAAGAAGCCCUGCUCGGAUCUGGUGAAAGAGUGCUCAUGGCGCGGAAGAACGUUCGAUUGCUCAUUUAUGUUUCGAGAAGUGUUCACAAUAUACGGGCACUGUUGUCAGUUCGACGUUAAUUAUUUCACAGAGUUUGCAGGCAACGACACAAACUUGUCGGCAGGCGUACUCAAGUUAGAGGCACUGGACAUCAUUGUGGACAGCAUGAAGGUUUAUCCCAACGGAACGGUUCGCGAUGGAUAUGUUAUGCUGUACAUAUUCGACCAAGAUAAUCAGUUGUCACUUCUCGACAGUCCCAUUUCUCUGAUCCCAGCCACUUAUUUUGACGUCAGAAUUGACGUAUGGAUCAUCGAGGCCGGGGAUGAAAUUAAAAAUCUACAACUAGGAAGUAGAAAGUGUUUCUUAGAUUCUGACAACAAGACGUACCAUAGCUGCGUCAGCAAUCAUUUGAUGAAGCAAGUAGUCGCCGCCUGUCUCUGUCUGCCCUUUAAUUACGUUGAUGAUGAUAAGGAAACGUUGUAUUCGCCCUGCCAAUGGCCGAAACUCGGCUGUGUGUAUCAAGCCCUUGAUAACGCACAACGCCAUAUGCGCACCAUCAUAUCACAGAGGGAGUGUUACCAGACAUGUGACUACGUGCAGUAUGAGACUAAAACAGACUAUUCGAAACCAACGAGGCUACGUGGAAUAAAAUCAAGUAAAAAGGAGAACAGUGGCCUCAGUCGCGUUACUGUGCAUUUUGCUGACAACCUCUGCAUUAAAUACAGGAGAGAGGUCCUUUACACUUGGGAUCAGAUGUUGGCGAAUUUUGGAGGUAUCUUCGGACUGUGUUUGGGCGGUUCUAUUAUUAGCAUUAUAGAGCUAGUUUGGUUUAUAUUCGAUAUACUUGCCACAAUUAUUCAUUAUUUAUGUACAAAAGAAAAAAAUAAGGUUGUGAAAAAAGCGUGGAAGAAAAAUAAAAAUAGCAUAGUACCUAAAUAUCCGUUUGUUAACUAA